CCCUACUGCUUUGUCCUUUCCAUGUUUGCUUCCUCUCACUCUCUCCCCUUGAAGCCAAAAAUUUCUCAAGAACCAAACAUAAACAACCAAAAUCCCAGGAUCUUGAUUUCCUAAUCUUCUUUUGUCUCAUUCACUAUAUACUCUGUGUUCUCUUCCUACUCUUUUACCCUCCAAAAAAGGAAAAAAAGCUAACCACGAAGUCUAGGCAUAGCCUGAAAGCCUUACCAUGCACUUCUUAUCAACUUGUCACACCAAAAACAUAUAAUCACCAUCAAAUUGUAUCAUUCUUUGUGGUUUCUGGGAUCAAAAUGGGGACUGCAACAUCAACCAUGGCAGCUAAAUUUGCAUUCUUCCCGCCGGACCCGCCUUCCUACAACAUAGUUGUGGAUGAAUCAACUGGGAAAAUGAGGAUCUCGGAUGUUAACCAGAGAGAUAACGUGGACGUGAUGAAGCUGACUACCAGGAGAGGGAAUGAGAUUGUGGCCAUGUAUGUGAAGAACCCAUCAGCUUCAUUGACAGUGCUGUAUUCUCAUGGAAACGCUGCUGAUCUUGGUCAGAUGUAUCACAUUUUCACUGAGCUCAGUAUCCACCUUAAUGUUAAUCUUAUGGGAUACGACUACUCAGGAUAUGGACAAUCCUCUGGAAAGCCAAGUGAGCAGGACACAUAUGCAGACAUAGAGGCAGCUUACAAAUGCCUGGAAGAGACCUAUGGAGUUAAACAGGAAGACACUUUAUUGUAUGGGCAGUCAGUUGGGAGUGGACCUGCUCUGGAACUAGCCAUUAGGUUGCCUUGUUUGAGGGCUGUAAUUCUUCACAGUCCAAUCUUGUCUGGCCUCCGUGUCAUGUAUCCUGUGAAGCGUACAUUCUGGUUUGACAUUUACAAGAACAUCGAUAAAAUUCCUCUAGUUGACUGCCCUGUUCUGAUAAUUCAUGGAACUGAAGAUGAAGUGGUGGAUUUCUCCCAUGGUAAGCAACUUUGGGAGCUAUGCAAAGAGAAGUACGAGCCAUUAUGGCUCAAAGGUGGGAACCAUUGUAAUUUGGAACUCUACCCUGAGUACUUAAGGCACCUUAGGAAGUUCAUAUCAGCCAUUGAGAAACUACCACGUCUUCGUAAUGUAACUGAGCAACCCAAGGAUCAGUCGGAACAACCUCCAAACAACACAGACCAAAUCAAGGAGAAAUCCAGGGCAAGCACUGACCAUAGAGAGAAGGGUAGGCCAAGUUUUGGGCAAAGAGAAAAGUCUAGGCUAAGCACAGACAAUAGAGAGAAAGCAAGAGCCAGCACUGACAAAAAAGAGAAAUCAAGAAAGAGCAUUGAUCGAAGUAUGAAGGCCAGGAACAGCACGGAUCAUUCCGAGAGAGCAAGAAAUAGUUUUGACCGCUUGGGAGAUAUGGUGCGAUCUGUUGGACUGUGCAAUGUUGAUUGUUUAAGGCAAACAGCUGCUGAGGUUUGAGUAACGAAGUGUUUCCCACCAGCAGUGACUGCACAUUUGGGGUUGUAAAUUUUCGUUUUCUCCAUUGCCUGUGUUUAUGGGUUGGGGAUGUUUCUGUAAUGAUGAUUGCUGCUGUUUCUUCAGGAAUCAUGCAUCAUACAUACACAUCCUCACUAGAACUUUCAUUAUUUUCCCCCCCUUUUGUAAUUCCUUUGCGGGUUUAAUUCGAAAUAAGAAGAAUGUAAUUGAAGAUGAUAGGUUAUGCAUAUGAAGUUCAUA